CACCAUCGCAGCACUCACUGUAUGGCAACCGCAACUUGACAUGGCUUUUUAGUUUCCGCCUACCGUACCGUCCUUUCUUUUCGACUUCCUACCGCCAUGUCUUCCGUCGACCUGCAUAGCAAAAUCGACCCCGGCUCCGACCUCCACUGCCCUCCACUGUCACCUGGCACGAGGACCGCCCGCUUCGAAAUCAAGUCGCAGAAGCCAACCGACUCUGUCAGCGAGAUCGGCGAUCCAGAUACACUUGAUACGAAGUAUGAUAAUGCGGAAGGCUUUGUGGUCGACCUCCCCCGAGUUGUAGUAGUCCCAGCACAGCGCAACAUUGUAGUAACAAUAAGGGAGCCCCCUACUUUUAUAAUUGACGGUAAGACUGGAAAGACUAUUCUCCGCCCGGAAUAUAGGUCUGUCUCUUCGAGGAUGUUCAGCAACCGCACGCAAAUGCCAAAGACACGCUUCCCGUCGAACAUAUCAUCGGCUCGGCGUGCGAAAUCAGCUAGCUUCAGCGUACCUAAUCCACAACUAGCAAUUCAACCUACGCGGCCAAACAAACAGAGAUUCCCUGUUGAGGAUAAUCUUCUGUCGCCAACAAGCCUCGAACUCGGCCUACAGGCAGUGGAGCAAUGGAACCCACCACUUCUACUAACAUCUUCCACUGCCCCACGAAUCUCCAGGAUGUCAGUCUCACCUCAGGUUGGGGUAGUGCCAACCUCUAUCAGUUUGCCUAAGGAGACACCCCUACUUCCUUCUGAGUCGGGUCUUCGCCUCCCUAGCACCGGUCGUUUCAAAAUUAUAUCAUUCUCUUCAUCCAGGUCUUCACUUACUGAAGAUCAUACUCGCCACGAGAAGAAACCUGUUGAUGCAGCUUCUUCUGCCAAGACAGCAGCAUCCUCGCGAUACCAUACCCCCACAGUUGAAGAUGACAUAUCUUCCAUUGACAUUCCUCAUGUGUACCAUACUGGCGACUAGUUCUGCUUCGUGCCGCCUUUCAUUAAUCUCUGCAUUUUUCUCGGGCCCAACAUCUGACUGCUUGCCAUAGCAGCCUGCACUUAGUAAGUUUACGAUAUCGGAAGGCGAGAAC